AUGAUUAAAUUUGUGUUAUCAAUAUCUAAAUAUGCCAUUUCAAAUCAAUUAAAAGCAAUUUAGCAAUUAAAAAUAAAUAAGGAGAAAUAUCAACCAUUAGAAUUGAGAUAAAAACUUUGGGACUUAAUUUAAAAUUUAUCACAUUAAGAUUGUUCAUCAUUUAUUAAUAUUUAUAAGGAAUUUGAUUAUGAUUAUAGAGACAUUGCUGAAUUUUAUAACAAAAAUCACAUUGCUCAUGAUCUUAUUGUUAAAAAACAUUAAUAAAAUGAAGCAAAAGUAAUUAUUGAAUCAGCUUAUCAACAUUUAUUGCUUUUAGAGCCAACUCAUUUAUUUGUAGCUGAAUUUGACUUUGAAAAUUUAAAAUAAUACUUAAAUGAAGAGGGAUUGUAGAUUAUUUUAUCUGAAACUUAAAAAGACACAUUAAAGAGAGCUUAUAAUAAAAUUAUUGAAAAUACUUUUUAUGGAUUAUAUUUAUAAGCUAUGAAUAAAGGAUAAGAUUAAAUUAAAUUAGUUGAAAUAUUGAAGAAAUUAGAAUUAUUAGUACUUCAAGAAUAAAAUCCAAAUGAUUUAAUUUGGAAAACUUUUAUUUUCAGCAAUCUCUAAGGUGGCAAUGAGAAAAUCAUAAAUUAUUUUACAUUUAUGAUCCAAAAUUUAGAUGCUAUUACGAAGAAAGAAUUAAUUGUAUUUUCAUAAAUUGUAUUUUUAUUUUCAUAAAAAUUUGGUAAUUAUAAAGCUGUAAGUGUUUUGUAAAAAAGAUUAAAUGUAUAUUUGACAAAGUUAAAAAACGAAUUGUCAUUAUAAGAUAGAUUAUAUUUCUUAAUAAAGAGUUAAAAGGAAUUAGAUAUCAUAAAUAAAUAAGAAUUAAUUUGUUAAUAAAUUUAUGAAUAAAUAAGAGAUAUUCCAAUAUAAAAUUACUCUUUAUGUUUUAAAGCACUUUGUAAUUUUUAUUGGGUAAAAAUAAAAAUAGUAGAAGAAGAAGAAUUUGUAAUAUUAAUUAAAUAAUAUAAUAGAUUGAAAAUAACAUGGAGAAAUUUACAAAAUAAAUUGAAUUAAUUGAUUUAUUGUUUGGGUUAAUUUAUGCAAACUCAUAAAAUACAAAAUUGAUAAAGAGUUUAUUUGUUAAAUUAUAAAAUUUAAUGGAAAAAUCAAGCACAGUGGAAAAAUGCCAUUUUUAUUAGAUUCUUUAUAUUUUGGAAAAUAGCUACAAUUUAGAAUUGAAUGUAGAAAACAAGGAAGAUCUUAGAUCUAUUUAUUUUAAUGCUACAAAUUUAAAACAUUAACCUUAAUUUAGUUAAGCAAAUUUAGACAUGGAUGAGAUAUUGUAAUAAAUUUAAUCAGAAUUAAAUAAUCAAAAAAGACCUGAUUGGCGUAUUACAAAGAUAAAGAAAUAAGCUAAUGUUUAAAUAUAUCAGGUAGACUUUGUAGUAGAAUUAGAAGGAAUAUAUAGAAAGAGAUUGAUUUAUUUAGAUUUUAUUUAGAGACAUUCUUACAUAGAUGAAACUCAUCUAAUAGGAAAAUAAAGAAAUAGACAUAAUAUAUUUAAAACAGAAGAGAUUACUUUUGUAGAUUUCAAAACAUGGUACAGUUAAGAAGAUAAGGUUGCGUAUGUAAAGUAAUUGUUAGGGUUGUGA